UAUGUUUAUUAUAGUACAGCAUAUGAUUGAAGUCAAGCCAUUACUACAUACUAUCAUAUGAAUGCAAUACAACUAUAUAACUGUUGCAUUAUUUUCCAAACAUACUGUAUGUUGUAAUUUAUGUUUAUGUUUAGGACGUUAUUGUUGUGAAUGAAUGGCAUUUAAAGUGAAACACAAAAACUUUGUGGUCUUCGCUGUGUUUGUAUUGAGAGUGAAGAGAGAGAGAGAAAGAGAGAGAGAGAGAGAGAGUGACUGAGAGAGACAUAGAGGGAGAGUGAGUGAGAGCUCAAGACAUAGACAUACAAUGCUAUUGAUGGAGACCACUGUCGUCGACUACAUCCAUGAAGAGAUUAUCACUGAUUGUUCCGGCGAAGAGAUUGUCACCGAUUGUAGCGAAGAAGUCAAUAGCAAUCAGAGCGACAGUGGAUGUGAUGUCACCGAUAGUGCCGACAUUCAUGUGGACACUGCCAUUGCCAUCGAUGCCAUUAAUGACGCGACCGACGACACGGUCAGCACUGAUGGCAGCAAUAGUUGCGCCAACAGUCACACACAGGACAGCACCGAUGAUCACAUUAUUGACUCAACUUCGGUGAGUUUUGUGUGCAAAUGGACUCAUUGCGAUUGGCCCGGAAGUUAUGACGAUCUGGUCGAUCAUAUCAGAGAAAUACACGUCCAGUUGCAGCCCUAUCAACAACAAAGACAUAAUUGGAGAGAACUCAAGUGCAACAAAUCGGGCCAUAAGUCGACCACUUCUGACAAAUCAGACAAUUACUCACUCAAGACUCAACACUAUGUCUGCCUUUGGGAAGGCUGUAAAGUGUAUGGAAAGGCAUCUCUUUCAAGGAAUUGGUUGGAACGACAUGUCUUAGAGCAACAUUCAGGUCCGCGACCUUUCAAAUGUAUUGUUGAGGGCUGUGGCCAACGGUUCAAAGUACAGUCGGCACUCGAAAGGCACGUGAACUCACACUUUAAGCCCGUGGAGUAUGCGUCCAGCAAUUGGUCUUCAGAUGGAUGCUGUACGUCAUGUUGUCCGGCAAAUGCUAGCGCCGCACAAGUGUCCAAACAGUCGUGUUGUGCCGCACCUUCUUCUAGUGAUAUUAGUAGUAGUAAUAGUAGUAAUUGUGUGCACUCUAUACAACAAAAGUUGACGCCAUUUGAGUUGCAUAUACAGCAGACAUCCCGGGCCACGAUGUCUGCCGGUGCCGCCACUGCCAGUAGUGUCAACUGUAAAUCAUCGUCUCUGGACUCUAACAAUAACAAUACUUGUCAUCAUUACUCGGCAUCCAUUAAUGGCUCCAAUGGUACGCCCAAUAAAAUACUUAAACGCCGAAAGUCAGCCACAAGACUGAAACGAAAAUGUUUUUACGUUAAAUGUAGUGAAGAUUUCUUUGACGAAAGUGUUAUGGAAAGAGUGAGAUAUGGUUUGAUUCAAUUGAACCGUAAGACUGGUCUCGAUAUUAAUGGAAAUCAGCCGACAAUUACUUUUCAUAGCAAAGUCAUCGCUCGUCGUGAGAAUGAUAGCGGAGAAGUGAAUGUACUGUUAAAUUGGGAACCAAAUAAUAUACUGCCCGACGUCUGGGUGUCCGAAAAACAGGCGUCGAAAAUGAAGAGUAAAUCUGUUCCGAUGUCGACAAUACCACCGCAUAGUUUGGAACAACUCAUUGAAGAAACCAAUGGGUUUGAGAAGAAACCAAAGAUUAAACAGAGACGCAAAUGAUUGGAUGAGUUAAUACUGUUAAAUGAAUUAACAAUAAUUUACUUUUUACUAUCUUUUUGAUUGUGUUGUCCUCCAAUUGUUUCAAAUUUUACACAUGUGUUAUACAAUAUGUGAAUUUUCACUAAAUAUUUAUAAAAUAAAUUUGCGAUAAUCGAGAGCAACACUUUAAUUACUUUAAAUAAUGAAAAUGCAGUACACAUUUUAUAUUUAUUAUAAUUUAU